AUGCCCCGAACGGCUUUGCCCCCGACGCCAGCCUCGUCAACAGACAUCCGUGGCAAGGAUGGGACCAAACAGCUGUCCUCCCUGCAGAUGACCUUUGAGCUGCCACCGGCGGCCAUGACGAGCGAGGCGAGCCGCAAAAUGGGCACCCCAGACUCGCCCGUGUCCCUGACUUCGCCUAAGAAGUCUUACCCCAUACAGCCCAGUGAGACCGUCAAGGCAAGGAGACGGCCGUCCGCCGCCACAGCUGCUGCCUCCUCAUUCGCGUUGCCGCCUCCUCCUGCGAGAUCCCGCAAGAUUAUCCAGAUGAAGCCCCGCGCGCUGGAGGAGAAAAACAAAAAGCCCGCACCCGAGCCUGUAACGGCGGCAGGUGCCGGCAAGGGCCCAGGCAAGAAAGCCGCCGCCGCCGCCGCCGCCAACGCCGCUUCUGCCCCAAAGGCGAGCGAGGCUGUGACGUCGAAAAAGAAGCAACCAUCCGCGACGAGCGCCGCUGGACGGAAGAUCGCAAGGAAGACAGCGCACAGCUUGAUUGAGAGGAGGCGGAGGUCUAAGAUGAACGAGGAGUUCGCCGUGCUGAAGGGUAUGAUACCGGCCUGUGAGGGGGAGAUGCAUAAAUUGGCUAUACUACAGGCAUCGAUCGAAUAUGUCCGGUAUCUGCAGGAUUGUAUCGAGAAGCUGAAGGCACAGAGAGACCCCCAGACACCCUUUGAGAUGGCAGGGAUGGCCAGCAGCUCGGAGCGGGAAUCAUACAGCCCUGACCAGGCAGACCAACAGCAGCAAAAUGCCAACACGGAGGAUGAACAACAGCCAGAUGUGGAGAUGACAGGCUCUGAUCUCGCACACUCACCUACAUCUACCACAUGCCCGCCAUCUUUGCCUUCUGCCGUAUCGAACCAUACAGCCAUGCCGUCUGUACCAGCAGACCAGCAGGACGACAUGUCGCCAGCUGCUCACUGCCGCCGACACGAGUCUUAUGCCUUCUCCUCGACUGGUGUGCCGUCGUACGAACACCAUAGGCACUACAGCUUUCAUAGCGCAACGACAUCACCCGCUGUCGGGCCCGGUUGGGGAAUGCCGAGCUACGCGCCCAGCAACCAGUCCGCCGCGGGCUCGGCGCUCACGAGCCCCGCGCUGGGACCGCUGCGGGAGGAGCGUGAUCUGGACCAGGAGGCCACUGCCGCGCUGUUGAUGCUAAAUACUGACCGCAGGGGAACAGUAUCCGGCCGGAGCGGCGAGACAAACUCUAGUAAUCCGGCGAGAGGGAUGAGCGUACGAGACCUGCUGAGUUCGUAA